UCAUAGAUACAGUCUAUGAUUAAGUCAAGCGUACCAGGACUUUAGGACUCCAUUUCCCAGAAGUCCGCGCGGCCUGAACAAUAAUGACCAUGGAGCUGAUCAACCGCACCAGCUUCAGAUGGAGCACACGAGGUUAACAAUGACACCAGACUCGACUGCUGGAUAGCUUGCCGUCAGACAAUGUCACAGUGUGGAAAGGAGCGAAGGUCAACGUUUUCCCUUACAUGCAAACAGCAGCAUGUAGCAUUUUAACUACCUUGCCAUCACCCUGUUACACGGUUUAUUCUUCAUUCUUCUUCGGCACAGAGAGGCAGAAGAGUUUUGAUCUUCAUUUCUAAACAAAUCCUCACAUGCUGAUUUGACAGAGCAGAAAAACUCUUACUCUACGCGCUGCAGAUUGGCUGUGAAGCAGCUGGCACGAUGGCAGCUGAUGACACAGCAGGUAGUGGGUCAGAGGGGGAGAAGGAGAUGGAUGUGAAAGUGGCUGCAGCUGAGGACACUGGAAGACAUGAAGACGAAGAUGCAGAGAUGGCUGUGUCUGCUCGUGAGGCUCAGGAUCCUGCAGUGGAAGCCAGAAACCCCAAAAAGUGGAAGUGGGCUGUGAUAUUCUUGUGUUUCUACGGGUUUAUGGCAUCGAUAAAGCCUGGAGAGCCCUUCAUUACGCCAUAUCUGCUGAGCCCUGAGAAGAACUUCACCAGGAAGCAGGUGACCAAUGAGAUCACUCCAGUGCUGACGUACUCCUACAUGGCCGUGCUGGUGCCGGCGUUCCUGCUGACGGAUCUUCUGCGCUACAAGCCGGUCCUGAUCAUCCAGGGCAUCAGCCAGGUGGUCAUCUGGCUCAUCCUGUUCCUGGGCGAUACGCUGCUUCAGAUGCAGUUCAUGGAGUUCUUCUACGGCAUCACCAUGGCCUGCCGUGUGGCCUACUCCUCCUACAUCUUCUCCCUGGUCAGCCCGGUCCUCUACCAGCGGGUGGCGGGAUACUCACGCUCCUCGGUCCUGCUGGGGGUUUUCAUCAGCUCUGUGCUGGGACAGCUGUGCAUGUCUCUGGGCAACAUCACCUACUCCACCCUGAGCGUUAUCUCCCUGGGGUUCGUCAGCUUCGGCCUACUGCUCUCGCUGUGCCUGCCGUGGCCCAAACGCUCCCUGUUUUUCAAUCGGACAAAGAAUCGGGAGCAAAGGGAGCUGACACCCAUGGCUGCCAAAUCAGAAUUGGACCAGAUUAACCCCAAAGGGGAAGCGCCGUCUUCUGCCGCCUCUCCGAACUCUGCGUCAAGCUGGAAAGAUUCUGUUUUUGUGCAGAUGCUGGUGGAGGUGAGAAACGUGGUGAAGAAGCCCAGCCUGAGACUGUGGUCACUCUGGUGGGUGUUCAACUCCACGGGGUAUUACCUCGUGCUGUUCUACGUCCACAUCCUGUGGAGCAAAGUGUCUGACAACGAGAAGGUGUACAACGGAGGAGUGGAGGCAGCAUCUACGCUACUGAGUGCGAUAACCUCCUUCAUGGCGGGCUAUGCUAAAAUCCGGUGGAAUGUCUGGUCAGAGCUGGUCAUCGGUGUGAUCACGGCGGUGCAGGCCGGGCUGCUGCUCCUUAUGGGCACCACAGGCAACAUCUGGAUUUGCUACAUCGCCUACGUCAUCUUCAGAAGCUUCCACCAGUUCCUGGUGCCCAUCGCCACCUUCCAGAUCGCCUCGUCCCUCACCAAGGAGCUCUGUGCCCUGGUGUUCGGCAUCAACACAUUCCUGGGGACGAUACUGAAGAGCAUCAUCAGCCUGAUAUUCUCAGACAAGAGGGGUCUGGCGUUGGAUGUGCACUCUCAGUUCAUGGUGUACUUCAUUUACUUCAUCAUUCUUACUGUCGUCUACCUUGCUUGUGCUGCUGUCGUCAUCAUCCGUCACUACAGAAACCAGGCUGGGGCAGGAGGCGGGGCCGGCGACCAGGCCACGCCCACUGAGCUCAGCCCUGUGGCUGUAAAUUCAGAGGCAGAGCCUUUAUCUAAUGGCAAAAGUGCCAAAUCAUAAAAACAAGCAAUGUGUGUUGCCUUCAGCUGCUGUCUGUUAUCUACUUCUGCUCAUAAGCUGUUCAGACUGAGUGGGAUCAAUCGUUUUCACGCUCUGGUGGAGAGGUGUACUCAGUGUUAGCUCAGAGCCUUAAUCAUUAAAGUGCCUCAUCUGCUGCUCAAAGCUCCUGCACUACACAAGUUGGCUUGUGUCCGACUUCUGGGGAGAGUUUUGUAUUUGUGUGUGACGAUCAGGUGUGAAACGAAGAAGAAAUUUUAAUCUCGUAUGAAGCACAAGAUGGCUGCGUGCUCUAGUUUUAUGUUCAGCCAUGUUGGAGUGAAUCAGGAAAGUCUUCUGACCCUUUCAGGUCAUUCACAUUUUUACAACCACAACUGUUUAUAUGCGUUUCUAUAGACAGAGUUUGUCAAAACAAAGCAUCACAACUGGUUAUUCAGGAAUGCAGACACAUUCACAAAUAUUUCUGAUAGUUUAUUUCUAAAAGAUUUGGAUUGAGUUAAUUUCUCUGGCGGUCCUUAAUGGAUUUAAAGGAAAGGUGGACAGAAGAAAGCUUGAAGGUGGAAAGAGGAUAGAUUGUUUUUCUUUCUUUUUUUCCUCAAAUACCUUUAAGAACGUCUCAUAUAAACAUAGCAGAACCAAAGGAAGUUUUGGUUUCUUUUAACCUGCUGUAUUUCCAGGUAUUGUGGCUGCACAGUGCACCCAACAAAUCUCCUUCCACCACCUUCCAACUCGGCCUUCAAAAGUUAUGAAAUUGUCUGGUUCUCAAAAUCUGUCCGGAGACUCAGAUAUAAAAACGGAAGGUAAAAAUAAUAUCCACCUUGCUGUUACCGCUGUUAAAGACAUCAUUACGAGUUGUGUACCUUCUAUUUUUUCUCACCAACUGUGCUGCAAAACUAAAUAAGCCAUUUUCCCUUCCUUUAUUAGACAGAAAUAUGCAUUUUCUGUCAUUUCUGAUCAUUUGAUCAACAAAAAAAUCUAUUAUGCUUGAUUAAAUGAAACUUCAAUUAGCCAAAUUGCUCUAAAAAAUCAUUUUAUUUUGAUGUCUUUUAAUGGCUAUCUGACUUUAAACUACUAAAGAUGGCCGCCAGAAAUUCCCCCAUACAGGAAAAGGUGUGAGCAUAAUACGGCUGUAAUUGUGGCUGUAAAUGGGGUGUUUCAGUCUUUAUUUUUAAUACGUUUAAAACAAUCAGUUUUAAAAUGAAAGGGUCUGAAAACUUUCUGUAUGCACAGUAAACACAGAGCGGGACCUUUUUAAUGCAAUGACCAGAACAUUCUUUUAGUUGUUUUUGUAUUCCAAACAUGAAGCAAACCUCAUGGACUGUCCUCUCUCUGCAUUUCUAACAUCUACACUCCUGUUGUCGCAGAUGUUACAAUUACUGUCAGUGCCAUUUAAAAACAAAAAAAACCCUGACUAUUAUGAGUAUGAUUGAGUUAUCGAUUGUGAUAAUCACAUUUUUGAAUGACAGAUUCUUUCAUCAUUUAUUUGAAGCUGUAAACUGCAGAUUUUAUGCAGUAAACUUGAUUUUUUCACACUUGUAUUUAGUUGUAAUUUUAUAGCAGCACCUUGAAAGCACUUAGUCAGUAUUUAAUAACUUCUUACGCAUUAUUUCUCUUUAAUGUUAAAUUUCUGUAUCGGUCAAAAGUCUUGCCGCUUGGGAGUUUGUCCGACGGCCAUUUCGGCAACAGCCAACAUUUUUUUAAACCUGGUUGUCCUCAUUUUGGGUUAAAGGAUGGCUGUUUUUACCGUCAUACGUACAGGCACUGUGUUGUCCUGUAGAGACAUAGGAAUGCAGUGUUACUUGAUCCAGGUGGAGCUACAGUGAAAAUGCUGAGCAGGUUUAACCCUUUUAUGCACAACAUGGGUCAAGAGAUACCAAUUUUCCAUUGAAUAUGGUCACUUUUGACUCAUGCUGUGCAUCAAAAGGUUAAAAACCUGAAAACUGACGAGUCCAUGAGGCAAGAUUCUGAGCGGAGGUUUGUGUUUGUAACGUAAACUGAGUUUUCAUAGGAUUACAUUGCUUACAUUCAGAAUGUGUAGCUAUUUGUUGUAUUUUGAUUGAAGUAAUUGCUGAGAAAUGACUGUGAACCUGUCCGAAUGCUGUAAGAAAAACAAUCAGAUGUUUAUUUUUUAUUUAACAAUAAAUUACGUUUGGUGGAUGAAAA